AUGGGUGAAGAAGCAGAGGAGAAGAAGAGCGAAGUAGCUGGCAGAAUGAAAUUCAUCAAGAGGAGGAGACCCAUCCAGAAGCCCCCGCUCAGCAUCCAGAGGCCCCCGCUCAGCAUCCAGAGGCCCCCGCUCAGCAUCCAGAGGCCCCCGCUCAGCAUCCAGAGGCCCCCGCGCCUCAUCCAGAGGCCCCGGUUCAGCAUGCAGAGGCCCCCACACAGCAUGCAGCACAAAAGAGAGUCACAUGUCAUCACCAUGAACAAGGAAGAUUCCUUGAGGGCAGUGGAAAUGCUGCGCAUGUGUGAUGGCCUGGAUGAAGAGUAUAAAGAAGACCUCAGUGAACCGUUAAUGUUCAUGUUUAGUUUGCAGGCAGACUAUGAGGAGUUCUGCAAGGAAAUGAUGGACAAAAGGCAGCUGCAGGUGUUUUCCGGCUUUGAAAUGAGAUAA